AUGGCUGCCGCCGCGGAUGUUCGUGAUAUGCUAGAUUUGCCCGCUGAGGGCCAGUCCAGACCGUCGAAGAAACAGAAAGUUGUCGAGAAGCGACCAGAGGGAAUCACGCGUGAGCUGUACGCGCUGCUUGGGGAGCGGGCGCCACCGAUCGCGAUCAAUGAGAACAAGUACAAGGGGCGCCCCAAGUUCAUGAACAAGUUGAGAGUUAGGAAAUGGUGUAUGACACCCUUCACGAACAACGCGAGAUCGGACGGCCUGGUGUUGAACCACUGGCAGAGAGAACAUGAAUCGACUCGGCCCCCUGCACCAGAUGCCACCCAGAUGGACGUUGAUACGACAGCGGACGGAGAGAAACCAGAAGGAACAUCAACACAAGAGAAAGAAUACCGAUUCGCUAAAUAUAACGUCAAAGCUCGGGUUCCAAGACGAUACACGGACGAAGAAUACAACCGCCACCUCAAAAGCGAUGACUGGACUCGAGAAGAAACGGAUUAUCUGAUGGAUCUUGUUGCUGAAUACGACGUGCGUUGGGUGAUCAUUGCAGACCGAUACGACUACCAGAGGCAUCUUGACUCAGAACCGGAAGCCAACGCGAUCGUACCGGCCAAACAAUAUCGAACGAUGGAGCAGAUGAAAGCCCGAUAUUACUACGUUGCCGCGACAAUGCUAGCAAUUGAGCACCCUCCGUCCGAGAUGUCAGAAGCGGAAUUCGCCCUGCAUGAACAAAUGUUAAAGUACGAUCCGGACCGAGAGCGUGAUCGCAAAGACCUGGCCGCUUUACAACUGAAUCGCACCGCCGAUGAGGUCCGAGAAGAGGCGAUGCUUCUCGAAGAGCUCAAGCGCAUCACAAGCAACGAGCAGAAUUUCAUCACGGAACGCCGCGAGCUCUACUCCCGCCUCGAAGUCCCCAUCAGUGUCGGCAACACCACAAUGUACCAGACCAGCCAGGGUCUUCACCAGCUGCUCCAGACCCUCCUUCAAGCCGACAAGAGCAAGAAGCGGCGCUCGAUUCUUGGUCCCGAGGCCGUGGCCCCUAGUCCUGCCGGACAAACACCCACCCAAACCACCGCCCCCGGCCGGGCCGAAACGCCCAGCACAACCGCCGCACCCAAAGAGACCACCAAGAAAGGUUCGGCCGCACCUCAGCCACAGCCCUCGCUUCGAACUCUCACUCCAGCCGAGGAAACUCGCUACGGCGUUCAACACCACGAACGACUCACAGGCGGCGUCCAAUUCCGCAGCGACCGAGCCCAGAAGCUCACCCAGGCCAAGUCGAACGUGCAAACGCAAAAGCUGGCCAGCGCAUUGGCCGAGCUCGAGAUUCCCGUGCGCUUGUUCAUGCCCACUGAGCGCGUAUGCAAGGACUUUGAGAAACUUAUUCAGUCUGUCAAUCUCCUGCUCGACGCCCGCAAGGUCGCCGAGAAAGUCGAAAGCGAAAUCCGCGUUCUGGAAGCGGCCAAGGCAGAGCGCGAGCGUAAGGAGGCGCCUGAGUCCACCGACAAGGAUCCCGAGCAUCGUGAAGUGAAGAAAGAGGCGGAUGAAGCUGGGAACAGCAUGCUCUCUUCAACUGCCGCGGAUGCUCCGGCCGCGGCCUCAUCGACGGCUCUUCCUACGGAUGGCGAGAGUGCCCAAGAAAAGACUAGGGAGGCUUCGGCCGACGCAUCAGCUGCGGUUCCAGAGGAACAGCCUGCCAAGGAGGACGGUAAUCACAAGCGCUCAGCCAGUGUUCUAAGCAAUGCGAGUGAUAAGAGCUUCAAACGGCAGCGACGAUGA